GCAAAAGAAAUCUUAGCAAAGGAAUCAAAUGUACAAGAAGUAAAAUGUCCAGUCACAGUUUGCGGCGACGUUCACGGUCAAUUUCACGACCUGAUGGAAUUGUUUCGGAUAGGCGGUCGUUCGCCAGACACAAAUUACCUCUUCAUGGGUGAUUACGUGGAUCGUGGCUACUAUUCCGUGGAAACGGUUACGUUGCUCGUGUCGCUCAAAGUACGGUACCGCGAGAGAAUUACAAUUUUGCGCGGCAACCACGAGUCGCGACAAAUUACCCAGGUCUACGGGUUCUAUGACGAGUGUCUCCGAAAGUAUGGCAAUCCAAAUGUGUGGAAGUAUUUUACGGAUUUAUUCGACUACUUGCCCUUGACGGCACUGGUUGACGGACAAAUAUUCUGCUUGCAUGGCGGCUUGUCGCCCAGCAUCGAUACUCUUGAUCAUAUUCGGGCACUCGAUAGACUGCAAGAGGUGCCGCACGAGGGACCCAUGUGCGAUUUGUUGUGGUCCGAUCCCGAUGACAGAGGUGGCUGGGGCAUUUCUCCACGUGGCGCUGGCUACACCUUUGGUCAAGAUAUAUCAGAGAUAUUUAAUCAUUCAAACGGAUUAACACUAGUUUCAAGAGCUCACCAGCUGGUUAUGGAAGGUUACAAUUGGUGUCAUGAUCGAAACGUCGUCACUAUUUUCUCAGCACCUAAUUAUUGCUAUCGUUGCGGUAAUCAAGCAGCUUUGAUGGAAUUAGAUGAUUCACUGAAAUUUUCAUUCCUCCAAUUCGAUCCGGCGCCGCGUCGUGGUGAGCCACACGUCACACGAAGAACACCUGACUAUUUCCUUUAAACUGACAAAAAGAUUGCCUCAAACGUCAUCAAAACAGAAACAGAGAAGAGAAAGAUCAUCCUUUGUGUGUGUGCAACAGUGCAAACCGAAAACAACAACAACAAAAAGGGAACCAACAAUCAUCGCAUUCACUUUUUGCGUAUAAUUGUAAAAAAAAUCAGAAAUUCGUCACAUUAUUCAUUAUUAAUAAUAAAAAAUAUCAAAGUACAUUACACAAAAAAAAAAUAAAUAAU